ACUGCAGAGUGCAGAGAUUGGGAAUCAGUGUGAUCCUCGAUCUUCCUCCUCGUUUCUUUGUUUGCUUCCCAGACGAAGCAUUUGUUGUGAUGCUGAUUCCUGUCACUCAUCGCUUAACCUGAGUUAACCACAUAAUUAUCCCCGAGUGUGCAACGGAACUUUGUAAAAUGCCGUUGCGAUUACGAAGUAUUUAUCGCCUCCGGAAAGCGGUGCAGAAUUCGGAUGCGGUGCGUUGGAUGAGUUCGUCGAGUUUCCAACCGAAUCCAGCCCCGAAAUCGCAGCCUGGACAAAUUCAGAACGCAGCUAACAAUGAAUUAGAGUCGGAUCGGGUUGUGGUGGAGAUCGAUGAAGCUCGGGAUUUCAUCGAGCGCUGCUUGCGAAAACUACGCGUUAGUCAGUCGCAUGCUGCGCAAAUGGGAGAUCUUCUUGUCACGGCCGAUCACCGCGGACAUUUUUCCCAUGGAUUAAAUCGAUUAGAUAUGUACAUCUUGGAUGUGAAGAGGAAUUUAACCAAUCUGUCUGGCGUACCGGGCAUCAUCAAGGAAUCAGCAUCCACAGCGCUGGUCGAUGGGAACAAUCUUCUAGGUGCUGUGGUGGGCAACUUCGCCAUGGGUGUUGCCAUGAAGAAAGCGAAGGAAACCGGCGUGGGAUGGGUCUCUGCCCGAGCAUCGAAUCAUUUCGGUAUUGCUGGGUAUUAUGGAUUACAAGCUGUUCGGGAAGGAUUAAUUGGAUUUGCAUUUUGUAAUACCAGUCCGCUGGCAGUGCCUACGCGAGCCAAAACAUUAGCCUUGGGCACGAACGCCAUGUGCGUGAUGGCGCCGGCAGCUAAUGGGGAUUAUUUUGCCCUGGAUAUGGCCACGACAACGGUGGCCAUCGGUAAAGUGGAGUUGGCCAUGCGAACGCAGCAGAAAGUGCCUCCGGUGUGGGGUGUCGAUAAGGAUGGAAAAGAAACAACCGACCCCGAGAAAAUUUAUGUCGGCGGUGGUUUAUUACCAAUUGGAGGUUUAGAAGGUAACGGAGGCUACAAAGGCUACGCGCUGAACGUUAUGGUGGAGAUUUUCUGCGGAAUAUUAGCCAAUGCGGCGUUCGGACCGCUGGUGCGCCCGUGGACCAAUCCAACCAGCGAGGCGAAUUUGGGUCAGUGUUGGGGUGCCAUUGAUCCGGAUUGUUUUGGUAAUGGAUUCCGUGAGCGUCUGCAUGGAUUCCUCAAUAUUCUGCGUCAUUUGGAACCGGCUGAUCCGUCCAAACCGGUGUUGGUGCCCGGUGAUCCUGAGCGGUUGCAUAUGGAUAAAUGCAAACGAUUGGGAGGCAUUCCAUACCACAUCAACCAGAUUCGCCACGCGGAGGAAGUAGCACAACAACUGGGCGUGGAACCGAUGCGCACACAGCAAUAAACAUUUCCGUUAAGACGUUUUUCCAAAUUAUUUUUCCAUUGAUUUUGUUCGUUUUUUUACACUUAAUUGCGCUCAUUCCUGUUGUGUUAUAUUUUUUUCAAAAGACAUUCGGUGAUGGAAUUUUAAUGAUUUUAGUUGUUAAUUUUAUUUGGAUUUUAUAUGCUGUUUUUUUUCUAAUUGCUUGCUUAAUGAAAGAACCAGAUUUUUUACAUGUUUCUUUUGCAGAAUUUUAUGUUGCGGUGCUUGGCCCAUAAAUUUACGUUAAUUUAUAUGAAAACAAAA